CUCAUCAUCUCAAGCUCUCCUUCCAAAAUCAACAAAGCCCAUCUUCAGAAGAUUCAUUCUCACUGAUCAAAAUAAGUCCUGUAAUUUCAUAAAUCUUGAAUCCGACAAAGCAAAGUGCGACUUCUUACAAUCCUCCAACCAAUGCAGCCCGAAAGGCUACAUAAAUUACCUCCACCUCUACUACUGCUUCUUCAGCCAUCACCUGCAUCCUCUAGGCUUGACCGUCUUACUUCUCUGGCUCAUCUUCCUCUUCUACCUCCUCGGAAGCACCGCCGCUACUUCUGUUCGAGCUUGGAAGGUCUCUCAAGACUCCUCAAGCUUUCUCCGGCCAUCGCCGGAACGACCCUUCUCUCGCUCGGAAAUGGCGCACCCGAUGUUUUCUCAAGCAUCGUAUCCUUCGAGGAAGGGGGCGGCAGCGGCGCCGCCUGCGACUUUGGCCUGAAUAGCAUACUUGGAGGAGCUCUGUUUGUGACUACUGUAGUUGUUGGCGUUGUUAGCGUUUUAGUAGCGCCGAGGAAAGUCGCGGUGGAGAAGACCGACUUCGUAAGGGAUGCCUGCUUCUUGCUGCUCGUUCUGUUGAGUUUAACGGUCAUAUUGGUUGCUGGGAAGAUAAACGUUUGGGUUGCCUUGGCUUUCCCUUUGCUCUACCUGCUCUAUGUUUUGUCGGUCUGCAUCACUCAUCUUUUUGGAGGAAUUGGGAAUUUUGAGGAGAAGCUGACCAUCUUCGACGCCGAAGCGGCUACCGAAGAACUUGAAACCCCUCUUCUAACCACGAUAAAACAAAAUCAAGAAACCAAUAGUACAGGCCGACGACUGAACCUCAUCUCUGUAAAAUAUCUUCGUCUUCUCAAGCUCGCGCUCGAUCUCCCAAGACGAAUAACCAUUCCUGACGUCUCCGAAGACCGUUGGUCGAAACCCUUCGCCGUUACAUCCGCCGCAAUGUCGCCGGUCCUCUUAGCAGUUCUUUCUUCCUCAAACCAACUUCUAACGGGCGCUCUCGUCGGCUUAUUCACCGGCAUCGCCGCGUUCUUUACAACGGAGAGUCAAAAUCCUCCGACCAAAUUCCGGCUUCCGUGGCUCACCGGCGGCUUCCUUAUGAGCGUGACGUGGACUUACGUCACGGCGAAGGAGCUCGUCUCGCUUUUGGUCUCUAUCGGGACCGUGAUUGGGAUCAGCCCGGCGUCGCUUGGGUUGACUGUUUUAGCAUGGGGGGAUUCUUUGGGGGAUCUAAUGGCGGCGGCGGCGAUGGCGAAGGGAGGCGGAGACGGCGGGGUACAGGUGGCGGUGUCGGGGUGUUAUGCGGGGCCGACGUUUAAUGUGCUGGUGGGGUUAGGGGUUCCGAUAGGGAUGUCGGCGUGGAUGACGUGGCCGGCGCCGGCAGUGGUAGAGAUGGAUUCCAGCGUGUUUGAGACGGUGGGGUUUUUGGCCGGCGGGGUGAUGUGGGCAUUGGUGAUUUUGCCGAGGAAGGGGAUGAGGCCGGAUAGGGUUUUGGGCUGCGGGUUACUUGCGAUUUAUAUGUGCUUUUUGACUGUGAGGCUUGGCACCUCGGUUGGUCAUCUUCCAUUAUAAUAAAAAGCACUUUAUA